GUUCCAGUCCAACACACCAUGUUAGUCGUGGAGCUACUUCCGUAAGCAAUUACAAAUGAAUCAUAGCAUAUUUUUCAUACGUGGUCCUCACAGUAGAAGUUCCAUUUUUCCACACCCUCGGUAGAAGUUCAAUCAUGGAUUUGUCAUCGUUGCCAGUCGUGAAGCGGUUCGGCGACCGACCUGUCGAAGAAGGUCAGGAUGACGAUAACUUGUCGGAAAGGACGGUGUCUCCAAGUGAAGUGGAUACUUUGGGAAGGUAACAUCACUGCUGUAGCCUUUUGUGGUAAGACACAAUUGACCUAAGAUUACCCAUGACGAGAGUUUUGUUGUAACCCACGAACGCCUGUAGUAGCAGAUUUUGAAGAUCGUUGGAAGCCCUUGCUAUCAAUCGGUUAUUCUGCUCUUCAACAGAAGGUACAGGAUAGUUGAAAGGCCUCGAUGGUGUCAGUGCGACACAUAAAAGAGGAUCCAUGACAUGACAUGGUGAACAUUUCGAACCUUUCCUAUCGCCUAAAUAAAUCAGUUGUCACCGUGGCUUGCCGAACAUUCCUGAGGGGGAGGAGCUAGACGAGGAGCAUUCGGAAGUGCUUGCGAAAGGAGCCGGCGCUUCGAAAGACUCGGGCAUAGACGCUGCUAGUUCAGACUAUGGAUUUGGGAUGCUUGCUACUUGUCGAUUCUUGCCAGUCAGAAAUAACUACUCGAAUACUCAAAAUACGCGAGUUACUGACUGAAAUAAGAGAGUCUUGACUACAUUCCCCUUCUUUCAGUAUCUCCCUUAUUUUAAGUAAUUAUACUCGCUUAUUUCAGUUUUUCGAAUAACUGUAUGCAGGGUUUAUUCUACUUAGAAAAGACAUUGGCAUUGGCAUGGGCCUCUAGCAGAAAACAGCCGGUUAGUUUUUACCUCUACAAACUUAGGCUUAUCCCUUUACCUCUAAAAAAAGACAUUGACAUUGACAUUGGCCUAUAGCAUAACAAUAUCUUGUAGGUACUUUCUCCUCCACCUCCUCCUGCUACAACAAUAUACUUAGUUGCGUUCUUUCUAACACCUCACGGAAGACGAAAAGACCGUUUGUUUGCACGAUCCUCUAUCGCCAGGCAUCUCUCCCGAUGCGCUCGUUGCUCCUCUAGAUCGUGAUAUUGAAGAAGCUUUCCAGAUGAAGAAUCCGAUGACUAGGAACAAAUUGGGCAACGCAGCGAGUUCGACAACAACGACUACCACUACUGCUACUACUACUACUAUCACUUCGAUGUUCCACCGCAGCACCAACAACGAACAAAGGACAAGCACAGCUUCCGCUUCUGUGACUACUUCAACUAGAGCGCCUCCUCUUCCCCCAAGUGGGCCUCCGAAGCGGUUGUCGACCGGGAAUCCAUUGCCUCCUGUCUCCAGCAGCGUGGUUGACGAAGAUACGACAACACCGAAGAAGAAGAACAUGGACAUUGCGGAUGAAUCUAAGGAGGCCGCCAAAGUGAAGAGGGUACUUACUAUCACUGAUGAUUUGCAUUUGGAUGCUCGUUCCUGUAGAUUCCUCAGUGAUCUGAUCACCAUAGUCUACAUCACCAUAAGUCGGAAGGCAUCAUGUUCGGCUAGAUUUCGCACGACUUUCCUCUUUGAUGAAAGAUCAUCCUUACUUUUUCGCAAACCCCUUUUCAGUUGCCCCAACCGGGUAGCCAGUCAGUCCAGAUGAUGCCACGGGGACUUCUUGGCAACAUAGUGGUCUCGCCACUAGGCAAACAAGCCGAACAGAGUCCGGGCAAGACGUGCCGAAAUCUACUCAACACGCCUCGUGUGAACCCGCCUGGACAGAUGCUGGGGGCAGCUGGUACUGCUACAGUGUGAGACUUGACACCAACAUGAAUAUUGUUCUUGAUGUUAUAGAAACAGGAUUUAGAAGUAGAAGCUUCAGCUGCAUAUUUGUUUCACCAUCGGAAAGGAAGGUAACUGACAAUUUUCAAUACCAAUCUCUACAGGUCAUAUGACCCCUUUACCUUUGCGAGUUGGCAAUAUUGGUGUCUUCCGGCAAAGCAGUUGCUCUUGCUCCCCACCUUUCGAAGCUCGCGUCUUCCGACAGCAAUCGUGGGCGCAGACAGCAUCCACUAUCGGAGUUGCUACCACGCAAGAGGGGACAACAGGUCGUGAGUUCAUGACUUAUAAAUAUUUCAGUAGAUCAACAGCACCAUUUCGUACAUCGUUCUUGGAGUCCUUGCUCAGAGAGAUUCGUUGUUGAUGUAUCUCUAGCUUUUUUUCACAUUGUCACAAAUGAUCGUAAUCACCCUCAGGGGCUCCAUCUCAAAAGCUCUUUGUUGGAUCCAUGACGCCUGCCGCUCCAUUGCCAUUUCCUAUGAUUCGUACUGCUGGAGCUUCUGGUGCUGCUGCAGCUACAACUACUGGGCCAGCACGGUCAGUGUCCGCCAGUGGCUCAAGUCAAAGGCGUGCUUCCUCUGUGCUUGUCGAUACAAGAGGAUUCCAGGGACUGGGUGGUGCGUAUCAAGCGCCGAAUAGGUUAUGACUGGAUGAUGAGGAAGUCUGACUCUGACAGAGUUGUUAUUCACUUAAAGAUAUCGAAUUUGGAAACAGGUCAUGUGGUCGUUGGUCUGUGAUUUUCAUAGUAGUUUCUUGACGAGCAUAUUCGCUCUAACUCCAAACGCUUUCGCCGCCAGCGUUUUCCCGACCACCACUGCAGGUGCCACCGUCGCAGCUGGUGCUCUCUCUACGACCGCGCAGACACGACAACUACCAGCAGCAACUACCGCUAGCGGCAUCAUCAUUCAAACUGGAAGUAAUGGUGUACCACCUGUUCUUGCUUCUACUGCUCAACUUCGCUCUAUGUCAGCCUCAUCCGCUAGUCGUGGGAGUGCCAGUCGUAGUGGAUCUGCCAGUAGAAGUGUGGCAUCUUCAUCGGCUGCUAAUUGUAGCAGCUCUGGAACGGCAGGUGUGAGAGGUGCGGAUCUCCAAGAACAAUCAUUGUUGUCUGCGCAAAGCAAUAGUGCUACUUCAAGCCUAGCAUCUGCUGGAGGGAUCUCUUCAGCUUCUUCUCAAGGAAGCAGUAGUGGUAUUACGGCAAUGUCUAGUACUUCGACGAUGAAAACGGCUGCUAGUACUACGACAGGUACAAGCGGAAUAUCUUCAUCUGCUAGUUCCACUGCAUCAUCUGUCUCUGGUGCUGCGACGACUACUACGACGUCAGCGAAUAGAGCUCCGCCAGCAGGACCUGCUCAACAAAUCACAACACGCGCUGCAUCAGUGAAGCCCGCGAAUUAUCAGAGCCGUAACUUCCUCGCGACGCCAGCUACGCGUCAAUCGUUGCGAACUGCUGGCAUUGGUCGGUCGAGGUCUGUGUCGAAGGACCGCAUGAUACUACGAGGAAACGGCAAUGAUGAUGGAAAAAAUGCUAGUACUAUCCGACCUCCAGGAACAGGUAGUAGUACUGCGGCAACAGCAACGACGACUUCAUCCACAGGGACAACAACAUCCUCGCUCUCAACCGGUGCUCCAACAACGACGUCUACCAUCAUUGCUUCUCAGAGACAGCCAUCCCCUCUGAAAUACGGCCAGCAGAUGCCUCCAGCAGCGGCUAGGGCGAGUCCUCAAAUUACGCUGAAGCCUUUCGCACCUCCGACUCGUCUUGGCGAGCAAGCAGGAGGACAGAAAGUGACAUACUAUCAACAAGUUGGCAGUGGGAAGAUGGUCCAGUUCAAUAGGAUUGCGGCACCCUGGUCGUUGAAGCAGCCGUCGAUUGGAUUGCCGACAGGGCAGCGCGGCUGAGGUAGCUUAGGAAGUGCUUAGUACCCCUGAGUAAAAGAAAAGGAGUUGUGUAACAAUUGAAAUUUUCCGAAUGGUUGUAAUUCCAGAAUUCAGUCGUUAAGAAUAUUGUCUAACUAUCAAAAUAUUGCAACUAUAGCAGUGAUUUGCUAUAGUUAAGUAUAAGAUUCUAUCAUCAAAAAACUAUUUCAGUGAAAGACUAAAAAUUCGCGCCAGUGACUGUAUGCUACAUUUGUGGAAAUCACAUUUCAAAUCAAUCGCAUUUCUAAUCAGAAUGAAACCUGUCCUCUCACUGAGAAGAAGCGAUGUACGGCAUAAUUGAAUAGGAUACAUAGGAGUACCACGCGUGUAUUAAGAUGAAUUCGUAAUAAUCUAAGGGAACCGUCACAAGUUUAGCGAAGUAAUAAAUGUAUAGAAAAACGAAUAUCCGUAUUUGUCGAGCUGCAUGUAACAAAGACAAAUUGGCUUACGAAAAAGAUGAAAAUGUAUGACAAAGAUUAGAAAUUGGAAGAGUUUGAUAUUGUAACAUAUCGUUUGUAGUUUAGAAUUAGCUCGAUGUUUUCCAAUUAGGAGUAAGAUUAAAUACAACGAGUGAAUGAAUGAAUUGUUUUCUUUGCGACGUAGCUAGCUAAAGGUAGUCUUCGACAUGAACAAGCAUGCAACCGUGGAAAGAGAAUCUUGACUUGCGAGAACAAUCUUUCAAAACAAAUAGUGAGUACUAUGCAAAUUAAAACUCGAUGGAAACUCACGUUAGCGCAUGCAGUAAACUGACAGGUCGUGAACUGAG